AUGGAAUUCAAGAUAUCUCCAACUCUGAAGGCAAAUCUCUCAGCCGGAAUAAACUGUCCAGCUAGGAUUUAUGUACAUAUAUUGACGGACGUUGGUCUUUGGAUUAUUUCUAAAGUUGUUCUGAAUCAUUCACAUCCUUGUUGUCCUGAUCGUGCAGAUAUGCUUAAACAACACAGGGAGCUAAGCAUGUUUGUGCGUCGUACCAUUGAAAAUAACGAGGAAGCCGGAAUCAGACUGAGUAAAACAUAUAAGUCAUUUGUAGCAGCAGGGGGUAGUCAUCGUGAACUAAAUUUUAUUGAAAAAGAUGUGAGGAAUUACAUUACAAGGGAACUUAACCUUGAAAUUGAUCACUCUAUCAAAAAUGUAUUUUGGGCUGAUGCAAGAAGUAGGGCUGCGUAUGAGUAUUUUGGAGAUAUUUCAUUUGGUACGACUUACAACACACACAGGUACAAUAUGGUUUUUGAUUCUUUUGUGGAUGUGAAUCACCACGGUCAGUCGACACUUUUCGGAUAUGCAUUUGAUAGAAAUUGGAGUAAUCUUCUCAAGAAGUAUGGUGUUGGAGGCAAUAAGUGGCUUUCAGAAUUCGAGGAGUUGAUUGAAAUUUUGCAGCAGACUUUUGAUAAUGUCAUGGCUGAGAUGCAAGAAUAUCAAGUGAAAAGUAAAAGCAAAUGCUCGUUAUCUCACGAAGAUGCUACGUUGAAUGAUGUUAACGACCUUCAAAGUUCUCCACGUGUUAGAACAAGAGAACGUCCCAAUAAUAGACUGGGAUAA